UGCCGCCCGCUUGGCCAAGUUUGCUGAGCGUCGCCGCGCACGCCGGCCAGUCAAUCAGCGGCAGAGCUGAGAAGGGCACAGCCGCGCGGCCGAGGGCAGACUCCACUUGCGAGCCCCCGACUCUGCGCUCCUCGGCCCGCUCUCGCAGCGCCGCUUCGUGUCCCACCCCGUCCCGUCCCAAAGGUGGGAGCGCGUCCGCCCCGGCCCGCACCAUGGCACGGUUCGGCUUGCCCGCGCUUCUCUGCACCCUGGCCGUGCUCAGCGCCGCACUGCUGGCUGCUGAGCUCAAGUCGAAAAGUUGCUCGGAAGUGCGAAGUCUCUACGUGUCCAAAGGCUUCGACAAGAACGAUGCCCCGCUCCACGAGAUCAACGGUGACCAUUUGAAGAUCUGUCCCCAGGGUUAUACCUGCUGCUCUCAAGUGAUGGAGGAAAAGUAUAGCCUGCAAAGUAAAGAGGAUUUCAAAAGUGUGGUCGGCGAACAGUACAAUGAAUUGCAAGCUGUCUUUGCUUCUCGGUACAAGAAGUUUGAUGAAUUCUUCAAAGAACUACUUGAAAAUGCAGAGAAAUCCCUGAAUGAUAUGUUUGUGAAGACAUAUGGCCAUUUAUACAUGCAAAAUUCUGAGCUAUUUAAAGAUCUCUUCGUAGAGUUGAAGCGCUACUACGUGGCGGGAAACGUGAACCUGGAAGAAAUGCUAAAUGACUUCUGGGCUCGUCUUCUGGAGCGGAUGUUCCGCUUGGUGAACCCCCAGUACCACUUUACAGAUGAGUAUCUGGAAUGUGUGAGCAAGUAUACCGAGCAGCUGAAGCCCUUUGGAGACGUCCCUCGGAAAUUGAAGCUGCAGGUUACUCGUGCAUUUGUGGCAGCCCGUACUUUUGCUCAAGGCUUAGCAGUUGCAAGAGAUGUAGUGAGCAAAGUCUCAGUGAUGAAUCCGACAGCCCAGUGUACCGACGCCGUGUUGAAGAUGAUCUACUGCUCGCAUUGCCAGGGUUUCGUGACUGUGAAGCCGUGUUACAAUUACUGCUCGAACAUCAUGAGAGGCUGUCUGGCCAUCCAAGGGGAUCUCGAUUCUGAGUGGAACAGUUUCAUAGAUGCUAUGCUGAUGAUGGCAGAGAGGCUAGAGGGUCCUUUCAACAUUGAAUCAGUCAUGGAUCCCAUCGAUGUGAAGAUUUCUGAUGCUAUCAUGAACAUGCAGGAUAACAGCGUGCAAGUAUCUCAGAAGGUUUUCCAGGGAUGUGGACCCCCCAAGCCCCUCCUAGUCGGACGGAUUUCUCGUUCCAUCUCUGAAAGUGCCUUCAGUGCUCGCUUCAGACCACAUCACCCUGAGGAACGCCCAACCACAGCGGCAGGCACUAGUUUGGACCGACUGGUUACUGAUGUCAAGGAGAAACUAAAACAGGCCAAGAAAUUCUGGUCCUCUCUUCCGACCAACGUUUGCAAUGAUGACAGGAUGGCUGCAGGAAAUGGCAAUGAGGAUGACUGCUGGAAUGGAAAAGGCAAAAGCAGGUACCUGUUUGCAGUGAUAGGAAAUGGAUUAAUCCACCAGGUCGACAACCCAGAGGUCAAGGUUGACACUAGCAAAGUGGACAUACUGAUCCUCCGUCAAAUCAUGGCCCUUCGGGUUAUGACCAAUAAAAUGAAGAGUGCUUACAAUGGGAACGACGUGGACUUCUUUGACAUCAGUGAUGAAAAUAGUGGAGAAGGAAGUGGAAGUGGGUGCGAGUAUCAGCGGUGCUUCCCGAAGUUUGAGUACAACGGCACAGACCACGCCGGGAAGAGUGCCAACGACAAAGCCGACAGUGCUGCUGCCUGUCCGGGGGCACAGCCCUACCUCCUCACUGUCUUCUGCAUCUUGUUCCUGGUUAUGCAGAGAGAGUGGAGAUAAUUCUCAAACUCUGAGAAAAAGUGUUCAUCAUCAAAAAGUUAAAAGGCACCGGUUAUCACUUUUAUAUCGUUCUAGUGACUUUGCUUUUUAAAUGAAUGGACAACAAUGUACAGUUUUUACUAUGUGGCCACUGGUUUAAAAAAUGCUGACUUUUGUUUUUUCACUCAGUUUUGGGGGAGGAAGAGGGACUUGUAUGUUAAGUUGGUUCCUGCUCCCCCAGAAUCGUGUUAAAUGUGGCUAACAGUGUAGGUACAGAACUGUAGUUAGUUGUGCAUUUGUGAUUUUAUCACUCUAUUGUAUGUUUGUUUGUUUUUUUCUCAUUUUGUUUGUGGGUUUUUUUUUUUUUUUUCAAUUACGAUCUCAUCUUGUUUCUUACAAGAAAACCAGGGUCCUUUCUUGGCAUGUAACAUGUACGUAUUUCUGAAAUAUUAAAUAGCUGUACAGAAGCAGGUUUUAUUUAUCAUGUUAUCUUAUUAAAAGAAAAAGCCCAACAAGUGGUAAAAUUUCCAUUUAGCCCUGUUAUUUUCGUUGCCUUAUGUGGAGAGAAGAGGUGAUUUUGGUUUUUUAAUUAUUAAGUUAGGGCAGAAUGUGAAGGCACAAGUGGGCUUCUGAGCCACUUGUCAGAUUGUAUUCAAGCAUAAAUGCAAGAAGGUUAUACAUACUUCAUUUAUAGCUGGAUUGGAAGAGACUGCAGACUACCAUUUUGGUUGGAGUUGAAUUACAUAAGCUAAGAUAUAGGUCCAUUUCUUGAACCCACUUAAAGUCGUAAUCCAUUUAGAAGAAGAUUCUUCAUAGAUACAAGGCAUUCAGGAUGUCCCAGUUAUCACAUGUUCACACUUAGAUUUGGGGGUGUAUUUUUUUUAAGUAAACAAGCCACUGUGUGCCAGUUUUCACAUCCACACUGACCCUCUUUGAAUUAAUAUCCCAAUGGCAACAGUAAGUGACCAACAAUCUCAUUUGGUCUCCCUUGUUACAAUGGUCCAGAUUUCAAACCCAACCAUAUACAGGGAGCUGUCUGGGAACUAGCCAAAAUUGGGGUACAGCCUGGGCUCAGGGAAUAGUUGUCAACACUCUGUGCAUGUGUAUUUGCAUUUGUUUUUGGAUCCCAGUUUUUGUUUUAAGAGAGUAUAAGGUGUCUUGGAGUCUUUUUCUUGCCCAGUCCCCUCUUUAUCAGUAAAGCGAAGGUCUUGGCAGUGGUUCACAGCUGUGUGCUUCCCUUAUCAGCCAAGGAGCCCACUUGGGGGAGAAUUGUGUCCACAUUUUUUUAUGUGUUGUUUUUUUGGGGGGUGGGAGGGGUGGGAGUAGGUAAAGCUGAGAAGACUACAUCUUAGCAGAGAGUGAACUAGUAAAGGCCACAUCUGUUGUCCCAGGCCAAACACUAACAACUGCCUUGGCCCCUUGGGAACCCUUUCCUUGUGUCCUUACCAAAUGAUGGCUCAUAAAACUAUGAGAAUGUAACAAAUCACUUUAAAAGGAGUUCCCAAAAGUCUACAGAAAGCCUAAAUAAAAUUCUGCAAGUCUCUUCCUGCUUUAGACAGCCAUUAAGAUGCCAACCAAUUCCACAGAACCUAAAACCCACAAAGAGGUUGUUUGUGUUAUUGUUCAAUCUUCAGUUGUAAGAGUAAUUCUCUAUUUUUAUAUUGAAACAUAAUUACUUGAUAGCUCAGGGUCUACAUUUCAUUCAACUUUUUACACCAAAUUCUGCAGAAUGGUCAAAACGGAAUAUUGGGGGCUGUUGUAAACAGAGGCUUAAUUUUAUUAGAUGUAGCCAGUUAUUUAUUAAAGCAUGAUGUUAAUAAAAUAGGCAUAUUCUGG